AUGGAAGAAGAAGAAGCUAUUGAAGGCAUUCGGGAAUCGAGUCGUAACCUUUUACUGAUGAAUAGGCGGCAGAAACGUGAUGCCGUAUCCGAUGAGAAGCGACCCUUGCCUAAUUUGCGACCAAACUCAGAUGCAGUGACACAAAUAGCAAAUAAACUGAAAACCAAGUCUGCUGUGACUGCAUCAGAGCUACGUGCUUUGAAGAACUCUCUGAUAGAUGAUGCAGCUAACAUAGAAAUAAUACUACAUACUCACGGUGCUCUACGGGGGAUUGUACGGGAACUAUCUAGUCAUGGAUUAAACAAGCAGUUUGAGGCCAUAGGCUGCUGUUGUAACCUAGGCCUGGGGGAUGCCAAGGCCGGUCUGACUGUUACAAAGGCCGCUGGACCCUACCUGAUUGCAGCUCUUGAUAGUCUCAAUGCUGAUUUGGCUAUCUCAAGUGCCUGGGCACUAGGUAACCUAGCCGGUUCAGGACCUAGAGCCAGUGAGGUGUUAAUGGCACAGGGCUGCGUGGCCAGACUGACACACCUGCUGGUCUGCAACUACGAGGACCUGCGGGAGUCCGUGCUGUACGCUCUCGUACACCUGUGUAACCAGCUCAAAGAUAAUCUCCCAUCAGAAUACGUGACGAAGAUCCUCUCCAUCCUGCCAAGGUUACGGCUCUCGAUGUCAGCACACUUACUCUUCAUACUCAGCUGCCACCGCGACUUCAGGACCUGCUUCCAAUCAUACUUCCUCCUCGAUGAAUUCAUACUCAAAGUGUUACAUUUCAUGUCAGUAAGUAUUGAGAAGUCUCUUGAUGACCUAAACAUCGUGUAUGUAUUUAGAUUAAUAGCUAAUAUGAACUGUGUUUACACCUUCGAUAAAUUCCUAAGUUAUUUUGUAGAAAAUGAUAAGAUGCAUGUCUUACAGAAAUUGUUAGAGACUGAUCAAGUAAACGAAUCUGUGUUAUGGUUCUUAGGUAACGCUUACAAGUGUUGUAGCGAACAUACUAUGUUCAAAUUACUUUUAAGCUGA